GCUUAAUAAUAAGAAUAAUAAAUCCGACGAAUAGUAAUAAGUGUGCCUCUUGGCAUAGGCACACUUAAUAAGAAAGAAGAAGAAGACACAGCACAAGUAGAAAAGCAAAACGGUUCAAUCACAAUUUUAGAACUGCACAAGUGAGUAAAUGGCUUGUGUGUGUGCCUUUGUCUACAUACUUGAUGAAGAGGGUAAGAAGCCACAGUAAUGCAGACUGAGCCCUCACGCCAAAGUGCAAGAACAGAAGCUAAUCUUUGCAUCACUCACCUGUGAUGUGGUCAGGUGAUUAAAUGUAGAGGGGAGUGGCUGCUCUUUUCAGCUGAGAAGGAAACUAAAAGUGAGAUCAGUUGACAGAGCAGGAGAAACAAAGCAAGGUGAGUGUAACUGCGAAUGUAUUUUCAGUCAGAAUAAUCAGAAACGUUUUUUUGAGUUUCUGACUGUUCUCAAGUCGGAGCAAAACUUAAACGAGUCAGCAAAAUUGUUUGGUUGAUAGUCUGCCCAACAAAAAAUGUUGAGUUACUGUGUGUGUUCGUGCGUCGGUGUGUGUAAUUCUUGUGCUACCAGUAUUGGGUGUGACAAACAUGUUUAUUAUGAAACUUGUUCUGUGCUCACUGCUGCUUUCUUUCUCAGACGAACGAUGAGUGAACUGAAGGAACUUGGAUCCUCAGACAUAAAAGAUCAGCAACACAGACACCGUGCAGAGCUUCCAAGAUGCAGCUGUGUGUCUUUGAAGAGUAACCAGUCCAAAGUUGAAAACCUAAUCUUCAGUGAAGAACCUGGACCCUCAAACACAAAUGUGGACACCUGUGGAUGCAUUCAGAGAAGCUAUGAAACAGAUAGUCAUCUGCAGAAGUUCUUAGACGAACACAAGGUCAGUCUGAGGAGGAGAUGUAAACGUGUGACUGAAGGAGCAGGAAGUGGAACCCUAUUUAACAGGAUCUUCACUGAGCUCUACAUCACAGAAGGACAGAGUGAAGAGGUUCAUACCCAACAUGAGGUGUGGCAGCUGGAGUCAGUUUCCAUGAACAAGACCACCAAUGACACUCCAGUCAGCUGUCAUGACAUUUUUAAAGCUUUGCCUGACCAACAGAGACCCAUCAGAGUGGUUCUGACGAAUGGCAUUGCCGGCAUUGGAAAAACUUUCUUAGUGCAGAAGUUCACUCUGGACUGGGCUGAAGGUUUGGAGAACCAACAUGUCAGUGUGGUGAUUCUGCUUUCAUUCAGGGAGAUGAACCUGAUCAGAGAUGAGAAGUACAGUCUUCUAGAGCUGCUCCAUGUUUUCCAUCCAACAUUACAGAAGGUCACAGCAGAGCAGCUCACUGUAUGCAAACUUUUGUUCAUCUUUGAUGGCCUGGAUGAAAGCAGACUUUCAUUGGAUUUCACUAAAGGGAAGCUUGUGUCUGAUGUCACACAGAAGUCAUCAGUCAAUGAGCUGCUGACAAACCUCAUCAAAGGGAAUCUGCUUCCCUCUGCUCUCAUCUGGAUAACUUCCCGACCUGCAGCAGCCAGUCAGAUCCCUCCUACAUAUAUUGACAGGGUAACAGAAGUACGAGGCUUCACUGACACCCAGAAGGAGGAGUACUUCAGGAGGAGAUUCAGUGAUGAAGAGCUGUCCAGCAGAAUCAUCUCCCACAUGAAGACAUCCAGGAGCCUCCACAUCAUGUGUAGAAUCCCAGUCUUCUGCUGUUUUACUGCUACAGUUCUGGAGCACAUGUUGACCACAGAGCAGAGAAGAGAGCUGCCCAAGACCCUGACUGACAUGUACUCACACUUCCUGCUUGUUCAGACAAAGACACAGAAGCACAAGUACCAUGAGGGAUAUGAGACGAGUCCACAGGAGCUGAUGGAGGCUGACAGUGAAGUUCUUUUGAAGCUGGGGAGGCUGGCCUUUGAAAAUCUGGAGAAAGGAAACAUCAUGUUCUACCGAGAAGACCUGGAGCAGUGUGGUCUGAAUGUCACAGAGGCCUCAGUGUACUCAGGAGUUUGUACAGAGAUCUUCAUACGAGACUGUGUGAUAUUCCAGAAAUCAGUCUAUUCCUUUGUUCAUCUGAGCAUUCAGGAGUUUCUGGCUGCAGUCUACAUGUUUCACUGUCAUACUAACAGAAAAACAGAAGUGCUGAAGCAGUUUCUAGGGAAUGGUGAACAUGUUUAUUGUGGUGACAUCUCAUCUUUAGAUGUCUUUCUGAGCAGAGUCAUACAGAAAUCCCUCCAAAUUAAAAAUGGACACCUGGACCUGUUGGUGCGAUUCCUUUAUGGUCUCUCUCUGGAGUCCAACCAGAGACUCUUAGGAGGUCUGCUAGGCCAGACAGAGAGCACUCCAGAAAUUAUACAGCGAAUCAUCAGCAACCUUUGCAAGAUAACCAAUGAGAAUACCUCUCCUGACAGAUGCAUCAACAUCUUCCAUUGUCUGAUGGAGAUGAAGGAACUCACAGUACAUCAGGAGAUUUUGGAGUUUCUGAAGUCCAAAAACAGAUCAGAGAAGGAGCUUUCUGAGAUCCACUGCUCAGCUCUGGCCUACAUGCUGCAGAUGUCAGAGAAGGUUUUGGAUGAGUUUGUCCUGAAGAAGUAUAACACAUCAGAUGAGGGACGAAGGAGACUGAUUCCUGCUGUGAGGAACUGUAAAAAGGCUCAACUCUCUGGCUGUAAACUGUCAGGGACUCACUAUGAAAUCGUGGCCUCAGCUCUCAUGUCCAACCCCUCCCAUCUGACAGAGCUGAACCUGAAUGGAAACAAACUGCAGGAUUUAGAUGCAAAAAACAUUUUUGCUGCUCUGGAGAGUCCAAACUGCAGACUGGAGACUCUGAGCUUGGAGGGCUGCAGUUUGUCAGCGAUCAGCCAUGUUGCUCUAUUCUCUGCUCUGAAAUCAAACCCCUACCAUCUGAAAGAUCUGGACCUGAGCUACAACAACAACCUGGAUGAUUCAAGACUGAAACAGCUGUGUUGUUUUCUGGAAAGUCCACACUGUAGACUGGAGUCUCUGAGAUUGGAGCUCAGGGGUUUGUCGCCGAAAAGCAGUGUUGCUCUGGCCUCAGCUCUGAAGUCUAACCCCUCCCAUUUGAAAAAAUUGGACCUGACUUAUAAUGACCUGCAGGAUUCAGGAGUGAAACAACUAUAUGGUUUUCUGGAGAGUUCAAACUGUAGACUGGACACUCUGAGAUUGGAGCUCUGCAGUUUUUCAGAGAUCGGCUGUUCUUCUCUGGUUUCUGCUCUUAAGUCCAAUCCCUCCCAUCUGAAACACCUGGACUUGGGUGGAAACGAAAUUCAGGAUUCUGGAGUGAAGCAGCUGUGCAGUUUUCUGGAGAUUCCUCUAUGUAGAUUGGAGACUCUGAUUCUGUGGUGCUGCAGUUUGUCAGAGAUCAGCUGUGCUACUCUGGUCUCUGCUUUAAGGGCCAACCCCUCCAAUCUGAAAUGUCUGGAUUUGGGUGUAAAUAAACUGCAGGAUUCAGGAGUGAAGCAUCUCUGUGGUUUUCUGGAGAUUCCUCUCUGUAGACUGGAGACUCUGAGACUGAGGCGCUGCAAUUUGUCAGUGAUCAGCUGUGCUGCACUGGUGUCUGCUCUGAGGUCCAAUCCUUCACAUCUAAGAAUCCUGAACCUGAGUGACAACAACCUGAAGGAUUCAGACGUUAAGCAACUGUCUAAACUUGUGAGGAGUCCACAGUAUAAACUGGAGACCCUGAGGUCAGUAAAACUGGCAAUGAUGAUCUUGGCAAUGGUGACAGUGUAUAAUGUAAGUGGAUGAGCUGUGUUCUGAUGAUCCCAAGAAACUGAAGCAGCAGCAGCGUGUGUUACUAGGAGGUGAUAUGGAGAGUUAAGCUUCAUCCAAAGAGAAGUCGAGGUGACUGAUAGUGCUGGAGAGUGAACUCUUCUAAGAGUCUUCUAAGUCUAUUCUUCUGACAGCUGCACUGAAGAAAAGACACAUCAAGGGGGAAAGGGACACAUUCAUUAUUAUUAUUAUUAUUAAUAAUAAUAAUAAUAAUAAGAAGAAGAAGAAGAAGAAGAAGAAGGAGAAGAAGAAAUAUUGCUAUUACCAAUAAUCAAUUUAUAUAAAAAUGAAUGAAAAAAAUAUCAAUACUGAGCCUUUUAAUGAAGGACAAUGUAAAUACUAGUGUAAGUAUAUACUCAUAUUAUUAGAUAUUAUUCUUUUUAUUUUGUUGCUUUUCAAAUAAGUACUUUCAGUUUAACUUCAUUUUAAAUGUUAUUCAGCUUUUGCUUUAUAUUCUGUGCUAUAAAUAAAUCUAUGAUGACACUA